AUGUCGUCAACACAGAUUGCCUCUUCCUUUGUAGAGGACGCUCCUCCAGGCGAGCUGUCCAAUGUCAUCACCGACAUCAAGGCUCUGACACCGUCCGAGUCAAGUCUGAUCUCCAACAUCUCNCCCGCCAUCACCAAGUACCACGAGACACAAUUCAGCACAGUCAAGCUGCCCGGCAGCAGCGGCAGCGUCCUCGUCAGCGAGUUCAACAGCCUGGGCAACAACCGCUACUACGACAGCGCAAACAACACGGCCUUCGACUUUGAUCCCGUCGAGCAAAAGGCCUCCAACGCACAGAGCCACUCNCUCGACAGCCAAAACGCCGAUACGAUCCAGAAGCUGCACAAGGCCCUGCGCGCCCACGCCGACGAACACUACCCAGCUGCCACUGUCGGCGUCUUCCCCGCCGACAACGACUCCAAGAUUGCCCUCGUCCUCGUCAGCAAUAAGUACAGCCCCAACAACUUCUGGUAUGCUCCUCUAGAUGCCUUUCUCUCAUGGAGCACAAGACUAACACAGACACACCAGNNGAAUGGCCGCUGGCGCGCACACUACCUCUUCUCUCCCUCCAACAACUCCCUCUCCGGCGCCAUCAACAUCGACGUGCACUACUACGAAGACGGCAACGUGCGUCUCCAAACCUCCAAGCCCGUCUCUGUCUCCUCCGCCACUGAUGCAGUCCGCGAGAUCGCAAAGCUGGAGAAGCAGUACCAGACAGAAGUCAACCAGGCUUUCACAAAACUCAACGAGGGUGCCUUCAAGGGCUUGCGAAGGCAAUUGCCCGUUACCCGCCAAAAGGUCGAGUGGGAGAAAAUUAGUGGUUACAGGGAUAUCGGCGGUGGAAGAUCGAGAUAG